AAAGCCGGAAGAGAGUCCUGUUUAUCUGCCCUGACAUAAAUGUGACACCUAAAGAAGAGACGGUGACACGCGGCGGCGGCUGCAGAAGCAGCAGAGAGGAGCACCUGUGAUAUGGGGGUUCAUGUCUAUUUCUAUGUACCCAAUGUAAUUGGUUAUAUCCGGAUUCUUCUUGUUCUCACUGCCUGGAUUCUGUAUAGUGACCCAGGGAGUUUUGUGCCCUUGUAUGUGUUAUCAAUUAUAUUGGAUGGGGUGGAUGGCUGGGUGGCCCGCCGGCUGCAGCAGACCUCCAGGUUUGGAGCGUGGCUGGAUGUGGUCAUUGACAAUGUAGGACGUGGCAUGCUCUGGAACAUGCUUUAUGAUUGGGGCUGGCUGGUGUCUUCAAUGGAGUGGUGUGUAUUUGUGUGCAACCACAAUGCCAGAGGUGCCCAAUGGAAGAACUCGUUCACGGAGAGCCCGGUUUGGGUCCAGGCAGUGAUGGCAAAAGGCUUCAAGACACCUUUGGGCAUCCUGACAAUAGCAGGGCUUCAUGUUUUACCUGUGUGGCUGUAUGGCUACCAGUAUGAGGUGCUGUCGCAGACUCUCUUUGCCCCAAACUGGCUACAGAUUCUGGGGAUUUUGGUGCUGACGGCAGGACGCUUACUGGGCUUUGCAGUUGAAAUGUGGUGCAUCGUAACCCAUUUGAGGUUUUUACUGGAUGAAGAGGAAGAAAAGAAGAACUAGGGAUCUCUAAAGGCUUAUUUAGGAUAUAGUAAGGGUUUCAGACUGAAAUUCAUAUUUUAUGAGGCUUCUGGUCUAAUAAGCAGCUGAAAAAAAACACUAUUUGUGUUACUGAGCUUAUUGAAUGUAAUUUAUGGAAAAGAAAAAACAGUUUACUAGGGAGUAAUGUGGCAGGGAUUUAUUUAUAUUUUCUUGAAAACCCUUAAAAAAGCUUCCUUUCCUUAACACUGCAUUAAAGGACUCUGGCUAUAUAUGUGCUAAGAGUCUUUAGAUGCAGUUUUUAGGAAAGGAGGCUUUUUGCACUGUAAGAGUUACAUAGUUUUUUAGAUUUUCUUGAUGCAAAAACUGCACUUGUAUUUAUUUUUUAGGACUUUAUUGUUUCGGCAGUUCAAACAGCAAUGUAUGGCACUAGUACCAGUCAGAUCAUGAGUCUGAUUCUCAGGAAAUGCAUGAACUGAUAAAAUGUAUAAAAUGUGCCUAGACAUAAUCAUCUGGUAAAUGCAAAACUGUAAAAAUAAUCAACAGCUGUGUGAAUAAAAGGUAUUAAUUUGAAAUAUA